AUGCCAAAGAUACUCCCAGAGUUCGUCAGCACCAGCUGGAGCCAGAUAGAUUCAUUCGAUGCCGGAGAAAAAAACGGCCACAAUUGGUGGUUUGAUACAGUCAAAAUGUUGUGUCCUACCAAGAAAUGUCGUUCCCCUAAAGUUAGCGUCCAGGCUGUCCAGAUUACAACAGCAACACAGGAUAGCUCUCCGCAACGGGACACCUGGUACACACCUCCGAAAGGAACUACUUUUCGACAACCUGUGCGACUAGUGAGCGCAGUUCCUCGAUCAUUAAACGCCAAACCCCUUUCCGUUAUUUACGAGUUUGGGUGGGCAUUUGACGGAGAAGUGUGGCGCAAUCUCAACCUGGGAAUAUCGAUGUCCCACAGCCCACAUGAAAAUGAUUUUUGA